AUGCUCCUGACUGCCCUCCUCGCCGCAGCGCUUGCCUCGGCCGCCGCGCUCCCCAGCUCCGAAGCCCCCCCCAAGGUCAAGAUCCACGGCAUCAGCCUCCUGGGCAGCGGGUGCCCCGAAAAGUCGGCCGACGUGCAGGUCGACGCGACCGGCACCCUGUUCGAAGCCACCUUUUCCCAGUACGAGGUGCAGACCGGGCCGGGCACCAAGGCCGUCGACUGGCGCCGCAACUGCAAGCUGACCAUCAACAUGGAGUUUGACCACGGCUUCCAGUUCUCCGUCCUCGACACCGACAUGAUUGGCUUUGCCGAGAUCCCCAGCGGCGCCCAGGGCCGCUGCGUCAACACCUUCUCCUUCACCGGCCAGGGCGCCCGGCACGUCGACUACGCCAUCCAGCUCAAGGGCCACUACUCGGGCAACUUUGACCUGCAGUCGCACCCGGGCAUCGAGUCGUGGUCGCCCUGCGGCGGCAGCACCGCGAUUCUCAACAUGAACACGGCGUGCAACAUCAGCCCUACCCACCUGCCCGCCCUCAUUGCGGUCGACCACAUCAGCGGCAAGCUCACCGUCAAGUUUGCCGUCCAGUGGCGCCGAUGCCGCAAGUAA